AUCAACACUGCUUGUGUGGCAAAAAAAAAUAACCUGCCACUAGUACUUAAAGCUUCCUUGUCCACACAACUCCCACAACUAAACUAUGCAUCCACCCCAAAAGCUCGGACACUACAGUUUGGACCACAACCAUUGAUAUCGGUAUGGGAGUUUGUUUUUCCUAACCUUUGCUCUCCCUAUUCUUUCUACUCCAACCACGAGUGCGGCUGACAAAUAUACCUGUCAGGUGAGCAUGACUAGUUGGUCGUAGCCAGGAAGCCCUGCUAAAAAUAUCCUCAUAACAGAUAUAUCUAUCGGCUGCACUUGUAUAUUCUCAUCAUGGUAGUGCCAGUGUUUCUACCAAAGCUUUUACUCUUGGAAGUGAAUGAAUUUCCUAUUGAGGUUUACUCUCAGUUACCUAUUGAGCCACGCUUUAUUUACCUCCAUCUCCAGUUCAAUUAAAUAAUAUGUUACAUUGCAUUCAAGAUUUUUCAACUAAUGUGAUUCAUACAGGUAACUUUCAGGAAACUGGUAUACUGACUGGACAAACCUAGGAGAUAUUGUGGGCUUGGGCGCUACAGUGCACCUGGAUACCCCCCCACACAGCCAAAUGCGUAUUUCGUACCACUGAGCUGUAUCCCUAGACCAGCCCCUGUCCCAUAUAACUUUCUGUAUCGGCAUGGGAUUGAGACUACAUCUUAUCACCAUAUGGAAAACCAUAUUACUGUUGAUGCUUCCAGUCUUGUUGAGCCAACCCCAUCUACCAGAGACCCUGAAUCGGUAUCCAUUGAUGAAUAUGUAUAGAAAUUUGAAAACUGGUAGUUAGCUGGUGAGAGUUUUGGCUCUCCUGGGGGUGAGGAAGGAUUAGAGUUAAGAAUGCAUAUGCCUAAAUAUCAUUUUAUCAGAUUCAGCGAGAUCUUAGAUGUAGGUGAUGACGAAAAGUUGGACUCCCUCUUGACUGCACUUUAAAGUCAAUUACCAAGUAGUAUCAGGUUUCUGAAAAUUUCCUUAAAUUCGUUAACCUUCACACUUAUCAUCCAACAUAUACCAAGCCUGAUUCAUGAAAAGGCUAUCAACACAGUCUCAGAAGAGUUCAAUCUAGCAACAAGUAGGCUCUCAAUACCACUGGGUCUGAGAAUCACCAUCAUCUACAAUCAAAAAUUCUUCUCCUUUAAAUGUGGUUAUAAAGAGUACUGAAAAGUGCCCCAUACCAUAGUUCAGAUGAAAAAUGCAGCACGAACUGAGGAGGGAAAGUUCAUAUUGGAAGUUCAUUAUGCUAAGACCGAUGACGAUCCGGUUCGGGAUACCAGAAUGUGGUUGAAGAGAACCGACACCAUGUCUGCAGUGAUGCUAGUAGAAAUAAAUGAGGAUCCUGGUUACCAAAACCCAACCUCAUGACUUCCCAAUGAGGGGUUUGACAACCUAGAAUCGGUGUUCUCAAUUAUCCCGUGCAACCUACUGAGCCCUGGUAUGCUUGUAGUCCUGGGUGCCUCGGGCAUCAUGGGCCAGAACAGCAGGGUAUAGUGUCUGUCUUUGAUGCAGACUGCCGUUUGAGAAGUUAACACCCAGGCCUGCAGGUCUUAAUACAAACAGCAUAUUCCAGCCAUCCUCACCAGGGCCCGGCUAUCAUUUGCAGAGCCUGGCCAUCAUUUGCAGGGCCCAGCCACCAUUUGCAGGGCCCGGCCAUCAUCUGUAGGGUCCAGCCAUCAUCUGCAGGCCCCAGCUGUCAUCUGCAGGGCCCAGCUGUCAUCUGUACCAUCCUGCCAUUAUCUGCAAAUCAAUUUGCAGGUGAGACACCUAGAGGGCCCAGCCGGCCAUCCUAGGCAGAGGUUAGGACAGACCACAGAAUGGACAUCCAUCCAGGGCAGAGUUCUAGGAACUGGUGUCCAUUCUGUCUGAAGCUAAGGAUGGACGCACUGGACAUUUGGGAAUACUGCCUAGAAUUUCCUCCAUCUGAAGACGUUUCCCAAGGACAUCUCUCCCUUGCUGAGGCCCCGGGACCUGCUUGUUAUAAAGGCUGAAGUCGGGCAGGUAAAAUUACCAGUUCGAUUAAAAUCUGGAAAGAUCUUUUUAUGUCUCACUUGGCAAUUCACAUGUUAGGCCCCCAUGUAAGUGACUCCUCAAGACUAGUAAAGAUGAUGGUUCUGAUAUAGCUAACUUGCAUAGAAAUACUUAAACGCAAACAAUAUGACCUAUAUGUACUUUCACCUCUGCGAUUUCUUGGACAUCUCCUCUAUAGAGAAUCAUUAUAUUGGCUUAGACUGGGGUCUCUUCCACAGAGAACUAGGAACUUAUAUCAGAGAGUUGGCCGUGGAAUGGUGUGGCAGUAUUCUC